GAUGUCUGUGUUGAGGAGUGUUUGCUGAGUGAAUUGAAAAACCAUUUGGCGAACUGCCAAAAAACUGAAGAGGAUCUCGAAAAUGAACGAAAAUCUCAUGCUGAAGAGCUUAGACAGAUUAAUCAGGAUAUAAAUCAAUUAGAAGACAUUCUGAAAACUUUGCGAUCGGAACGUGAAACGAAACGAGCGAGACUGACGCGACGUAUGGACGAGUUACGGGUUGCAAUGAACCAGGCCAAUGAAAGCAUACGAGCUGCUGACAUUAUCAAUAUUUCUUUUGAGGAGUAUGAUGGUAUACCGAAGGAGCUGUUAGAAUGCUUGCUUGUUCAUACUCCUGUGAGACAUCCAAUCGCAUCAUUAUCAUUUCUUGGAUCUCAAUUUCCCUGGACGUCGGCAUUGCCAAUGGUGACAAAGGCGCCCAUGCAAGAUGUGAAUAAAAUGAAGACGUGUGAAAGUUGUGGAGCGCAAAUUCAUCGGAACGCUCCCACAUGCCCCAUGUGCAAAACGAGAAGUCGAAGUAAAAAUCCGAAGCGAUCCAAAAGGAAGGACGAUUAA